GCCGAGCUCAAGUCGGAUUAGCCCACAUGGAAUAAACCAAUCAAACAAAACAAUAAAUAAACCGGCCCAGCCCAUUAUAAAUCUCCCGGAUUCCCACCGCGAUAUCCGCACUAUGGAAAACGAAAUCGCCUACUCGAAAACGACGUCGUGCUUCAAACCACUCAUGUGCAAAUAUGGAGGCAACGAAGAAGAAGCAAUCCAAUCUGUGACGAUUAGCGGCGGCCAGGGUUUUGAAAUCAAAUCAGAGCAUAACAAAUUGAUGACUCGGGCUAAAUCAUCUUUGCAGCUUGUAGCGUUUCGGAUCGCGUAAAUAGCAGUAUUGAACCAUGCUUCAUUGGAAGAAUUCAAUCCGAGAAACCUACUAUGAUGUUUUGUCUGUAAAAGAAGAUGCUAGUUAUGUAGAAAUCCGGACAAGCUACCGAUCUGCCAUACUCAAUUAUCAUCCUGAUAAAUUGCAAAAUACACGUCAGGCGUCUGAUCCUGAAGAUGAAUCGGAUGAUAGAUUUAUGAAGGUGCAGAAGGCUUGGGAAAUCCUUGGGAACUCCAUGUCUCGUGCAGUUUAUGAUAGCAAGCUGCGAGCUUUGAGGCAAGACACUGAAGUUUCAGAAGAUAUCAGUUUAGAGGAAAUGAUGGUUGAAGACAACGGAGAAAUCUUUGAGAUGUUUUACCAGUGCCAAUGUGGUGAUUAUUUUUCCAUUGAUUCAUCGGAGUUUGAGAAAAUGGGAUACACGUUAUCGAGGGAUGAGUGCCAUAUAUCAAUCCAGAAACCCGAUGCUUUGCCAGCAUCAGUUGUUCUUCCUUGUGGUUCUUGUUCACUACAAGUUCGUCUUUUGAUUAAUGCAGACAUUAAGGUACCGAUCGGUGAUAAUUUGUAAUGUAUCUCGCAGUAUAUUUUCUUUGGCUGAUGGUUCUUCCCUUAGUCUGAUUUUGCAUGAUUGUUGCAAGAAACACGGGAAGAUUCAGAUCAGCUCGAUGAUAUUCCUCCAUUUUUGUUCCCUUGUAAGCUAAAUGCUCGAGAAGGAAAGAAUGUGCGAGUGACGAAGUGGACAUUUACAGACAGGAACGUGGUCAUGUUUGUUAACUGAGAAUUUAAAGUGGAUGUUCUGCAGCAUGCUAAUGUCACCUCCUGAUACCACCAAGGAAGUAGAAUUUUAAACCAAAACCGAGACAGGACGAGCACCCUCUUUGGAUGCUGGCCUUGUGGGCUGUGCUCCACUGUAGGAAGAACAAGGCCUUUUGGGUUGCAAUCAGAGAAGGCAAUCCAUCAAGAAACUCCAAUGAAAUUACGAAAACAUAAAGCCGGCAAGCAAUGAAAAUUUACAGAUUGAUUUGAUCCAAAAUCCAUUCGAUGGGUUCCGGAGAAGGGAGAACUCACUGGAGCGUUUUUGAGGGAGUGAGAAGCAUGGCCUCAUCAACCCCAGAAACUCUCAUGGCUGAAAUCGACACUGCUAUCGGCAAAUUGGAAUACAGCCGUGCCACUGCACUUCUCGACUCUCCAUCACCAACACCCACCAACACAUCAAAGACUAGCAUGAGCUCCGAUUCAGGUGCAAAUCCUCAAUACGAUGUCAAAAUGGCAGAUGGGGCUUACAGGGCAGGCUGUGCAUCCUUGGCUGCAGGGAAACUUGAUGAGGCUCUUCAAUAUUUGAACGUCUCUCUCUCGAAAUGUCCUCCUGAUAAAACCUCUGCUGUUGCCAAGCUUCAGUCUCUUAUUUCUCUUACUUCACAGCAACUCCAGAAAUUGCCCACUUGACUCUUUCAUUUUUGUUGGCUGUCUGAAUGCUUUCCCAACUUCUCGUGCAAUUAUUUGCCUAAUCUACUUGUUGAUGUGGGAACAAGAGGUAGAGAACAGAGGAAAUGGGAGUUGCAGCGAGCCAUCAACGUUUCCUAUAGUUGAGUGUGAUCUUUAUCAAUGCAGUGUGUGACAUGUUCUUCUCACUUGCUCUUAGCUUAUUGGUGGUUUUGACGUCAGGAUUAGGCAUUGAAUUAGCUUUGGAAUUGUUCUGUAUAUGGAACUUAAAUGAAAUGAUGGAUCCAUUUAGCUGUAUAGUUUUGUAUCGUGAUCAUGAGUCUAUAUUAUUUAAUAUUUGUUGUGAUGUAUCAUUUCUAGCAGCUGUCUGUUGUAAAAUUCCUUUUUACCCUUGUGUUGAGAUAUGUAUUUUCUACCACCUUCAGUAGAGAUGUUUUCAUUUGCAAUCA